AGAAACGAUGGACAGUGGUGUUUGGCGACGACAGAUGAGAAAAAAUAGGAGCAAUCGUUAACAAGACGUCAGCUGGACUGUACUUGCAAAUACGAGAAAGAAUGGCGUCUUUGAAGAUUUACAUUGUUCUGCUGUUGGCCGUUGCAAUCGGCGUGGCAGUUGCAAAACCAGGAUAUUUAAGCUACGGAUACGGCUAUCCGUACUCAUUCGGUUAUAGGUACCCAUUCUAUGGCGGCUAUGGUCAUGGCUAUGGUCAUGGGUAUGGGUAUGGUCAUGGAUAUGGUCAUGGUUAUGGACUAGGCUAUGGACAUUAUGGUCAUUAUGGCUAUUAUUAAGCUGGACAUAAAGUGGACGGCCUUCUUCUGAAUCCUUUAAAACAUCAUUUGAAGAGUGAGCUUAAUUCAGAAAGAAUUUGUGUUGCUUUUUUCUAUUAUAUAUUUUUGUUAUUAAGUCUGAUUGAACGCCAAAAUUGAUACAAAAUUAUUAUAUCUGUAAACAAAAUUAUAAAAGAAUAGAAAGCUUCUCUUAAAUUAUAAAAUCGCACAUGUUAUAUAAGAUACUCAUAUGUUAUAAAUAUAAUUCUAUUAUAAAAUGAUCCUACUAUGAAUAUAUCUUGACAAAAAUAAACUGUGCAUAUUAUUGAAA